AUGGCGUCCUGUCCGGUCAACACGGCACGGCUCUACAUGACGGACUGGGAUGCUUCAAGCGUGAUCAUGAUCACGCUUCCGCAGGGUCAGGCCACGACCAUCGCGGGGAGCGGCGCGGCGAGCAGCAUCGAUGGCGUGGGGUUGGAUGCCACCUUCAAUCGACCGUGCGCUCUGGCAGUUACCGCGGACGGCGCAGCGCUAUUCGUGGCCGACUGCCUUGGGCAUCGCAUCCGCCGCGUCGAGGUGGCGACGGGCGCGGUGACCACGGUCGCCGGCAGCGGCACUGCGGGCCGCGCCAAUGGCGCGGGCAACGAGGCGCAGUUCUAUCACCCGGCCGCCCUCGCGCUUGCCCCAAAUGGCGACACCCUCUUCGUGGCCGACUGCACCGGGCACGUCAUCCGGCGGGUGAACGUGGCAUCGGGCGUCGUGACGACGUUGGCCGGCAGUGGGGCAAAGGGAAGCGCAGAUGGCCCAGGGCCGUCGGCGACGUUCAGCAGGCCACAGGGUCUCGCCCUCAGCCCCGAUGGCGCCGCUCUCUUCGUCGCCGACCACGGCAAUCACAAGAUCAGGCUUGUGGAUGUGUCCUCCGCAGUCGUUACCACAGUGGCGGGGAGCGGCGAGAAGGGCAGCGCCGACGGUGUGGGGGGGUGCGCGCAGCUGGAGGCGCCGCGUGCGAUUGCACUCUCCCCGCAGGGCAGCACGUUGGCGGUGUGUUGCGUCGCAGACCCCUCCCGCAUCCGCUUCGUCCACGUGGCUGCGCCUCCUCCGCCUCCCUCCUUCGCGCCGCUCGUGGUGCCGCCCUCGACCUUUUCGGCCGACAUGAAGAAGACGUGGGGCGACGCCUCCCUCCCGCAGGGCAUGGUCACCUUCCUGGUCGGCGACGACGAGGAGCGCGUCGAGCACGUGAGCAAGUGCGUCCUCUGCGCCCGGUCCGUUGUCUUUCGGACCAUGUUCGGCAUCGGCAUGAAGGAGCGCGACGCCGCCGAGGUCACGGUGUCCGACACCAACCUCGCCAGCUUCACCGCCUUCAUCGAGUACCUCUGCGCCGACGAGCUCAACCUCGGGGAGGGCGAGCAGGCGCGGCGCGCGCUCGACCUGCGGGAGCUGGCGCAGAUGUACCAAGUGCCGCGCCUCGAGCUGCUCUGCGCGCAGGCGCUGCAGGAGAGCGUCGGGCCGGCGACCGCCGUGCCGCUGCUCGAGGCGGCGCACAUGACGGGCGACGGGCGUCUCCUUGCGCAGUGCCGCCGAUUCGUGGCCGACAACGCCGCCGAGGUGCGGGCGAGCGGCGGCGUGGAGCAGCUGAGCGACCUCGGCGUGGCAAAGGGGCUGCUCGGCGACGCGCUCGACCAGGUGUCGGAGCUGCAGGGCGCGAUGCGCGCGCUUGGCGCGGUCCGGUGA